CUUCGCUAUAGGGCCACGGUAAUCCAAUCAAGCGUCGCAUUAAUCUAAUUUCCACGCGCGGAAUAUAUUGCACCCAGGCAUCAUUUAGCCGCAUGGUCGAGGCCACCUGGACAGAACGGCAUCAGUCAACCCACAAAACCUCAAGACCGCGCAACCCACGGCUGAAUUACUGUACUCACAUGCAAGCUUCGUCAUCGCUGUUCGUGUUAUCCUUUGACUGCAUCCUCGCCGCGCCGUACCCGCCCUAGCCGAUUUUGUCGCCAACCUGACCCCUGUCACGCGUCCGAUCGAUCGUCUUACUUGGUAGGCACUAUCGACAUCACGUUGCGGUGUCGAGAAGAAAAACACCGCCAAUAUGAUUGUGCCCAAGAAUUUUCGGAAUACAUACGAGGAAUCUCCAGAGCGGCUCAAGGACAUUGUCAAGGAUGGCGAGGAGAACGGGCAACAUCCGAAGUCAAAGCCGUCACGAGAUACUCUUGUCAAGAAUCAUGAACGACACUUACAGCUACUAGCCGAAGGAAAUGUACCGGUUCGCAAUAUGAUCCUACCCCUGCCGUAUCCUCCUUCUCGGGCUUCCAUUCAGAAUAAUACCCACCACAAGGUUCAUCUCGAUGACCUCCGAAUCGAGAGGAGAGAUACGAAUGCAGUCUUACUCCUCCGAACCAUCACGUCUCCGUAUGUCUAUUCCUCCACGGUUACUGUUGCGGAAGACGAAAAUGGCGAUGUGACACGACUCACGAUAUGCAACCUCGAAGAUAACUCCGUAGACCCUAUUGUUGCCGAGGGCUUCCUUCUUGCUGUCAAGCAGCCAUGCUGGAGCAGGCUCGUUGACGGCGGCUACCAUAUCCGCGUAGACCAUCCUUCCGAUCUAGUUAUUCUGAAGAAGGAUGAAGAUACCGUCCCGGACGCGUGGAGACAGCCUGAACCUGUCGAUGCUAAUAAGGACGCUUCCCAGUGGAAGAAAGAAGGAGACAUGAUGUUCCUGAAGAAACGCUUCCGGAAGGCGCUUGAGCUUUACGACCGCGGACUAGCGUGGCUGUCGGCGAAUCCAGACCCAGUCUCCGAGAUAGAUCUUUACCGGAAGCGAUGUGGCGUCAACAUUGUGCUGCUACGUCUGGACGAUGCGGCUAACGACCUUUCACGAGCAAUCUCCGUCCACGCAGUUUCGACCACUUCGCUAUCAUCUUCUCAGCUCGUCAACGCUUCAACAGUAGAAUCCUGGCUCCACAAUCACAGCACCGAAGAUCCGCUGGAGAUAUCUUCCAACAUUCCUCGGGCCUUGAAAGAACUGGCCGCCAGGAUCAAAUUUGAUCUCGGCAUCUAUCAGACCAACGCAGAAUACAACCUCCCGCUCAUAUCAUCCUAUGUCGGGCCGCUGACACUCCACGUCGAUGCUGCUAAUUACACCUGCGAUACCGAGGUCCGGCAGACUACCUCUCAUGGUCGCGGACUCUUCGCUAAGCGAGCUUUCAAGUCUGGCGAGCUCGUUGCUGCGGAGAAGGCUUUUGUGCUGCCGGGAUACUUCAUCCAGGACAGAAGCAGUGACUGCCUGCUAUAUAGCUUGGGAGAUGAAACAGCAUCCCCGAGGCCCGGCGCGUUAUUAUUCAAAGAGCUAGUGCAGAAGCUGAAUUGGAAUCCGAGUUUGAGGAAGGAGUACUUCGAUCUGGACGACGGAGGCUAUUGGAAGACGAAUGGCUGGGAGGUUCCUGAAGGAGAGGAUAUUCCUGUCGAUGUCUUCCGCGUCGAGCUCAUUCGCCGCUACAACUGUUUCUCCGUACCCACGCGCUCUUCCGACCUGCUCCACCAAGCACCCAAUUCCAACCCCGAAAUGCGAAAUGGCUUCUGGAACCACGCUUCCUACGUCAACCACUGCUGCACGCCAAAUGCGGUCCGGACGUUCAUCGGGGACAUACACUUCCUCCGCGCAAGCCGUGACAUCGAAGCCGGCGAAGAGAUCACGAACCAAUACGUCUCACCGGACGUGGAUAUCGCCGAUCGACAGGAGAAGUACCGCUCGACCUGGAUGUUUGAGUGUGACUGCGAGUUAUGCGUCGUGGACGAUAGCGUCAGCGAGGAAGUCCGACGAGAGCGGAUCAGGAUGUUCGAAGAGCUGAAGGCUAUGGUCAUGAGGCUGGGAGAAAAGGGCACGACUGUAACGUCCAUCAAGAAGAUCGCCCGGGGACUAAGGGAACUCGAAGCUCUCUACACGCCGACCAAGGCAGGUGAGCCAGAUCCAUACACCCAUCUGCCCCGCCUGGCGCUCGUCCACCCGACCCUUUUCCUCACCGAAGCUUGGCGCUCCGUCAAGAACGUGGACAAGACCAUCGAAUACGCGCUCAAGCUCCUUCGAAACUUCGGCAUCAUUGCAAGAGCAGAAGGAGGCGAGUUCACGAUCACAAACAACGCGGGUCUGGUCAAUGUCGAAGCAGCACGAGCACUACGAUACCUUGCCGAGGGCUACACCACAAAGGGAGAAGCAGAGCUGGCGAAACAAUGCAUGGCACUGGCAAGGACGUGGUACGUCAUCAUCACCGGCGCAGAGGUAGGCAUUGAAGAAUUUUUCAGGUCAUAGAAUCCAGGAGGUAAAAAGCUAAUCGCAAUUCAUUCAUCAUUAUCUAAAAAGCAAAAAGUU